CCGAGUGUAGUAUAAUUGGCCUGCGUAUACAGAUCUUGUCCGACACGGUGGAUGACCGAGUGAAAUUCAACUUUGUGACUUUAAAACACAUUUUGGUUGCUUCCUCUUCUACUUCUGACUUGUCAGACGCAGAAUAUUUUGCUUAGAGAUGGCAGGAGUAGCAGUGAAGAGGAUAAAGCUUGGAUCGCAAGGGCUGGAGGUAUCAGCACAGGGGCUUGGGUGCAUGAGCAUGUCAGCCUUCUAUGGCCCUCCAAAGCCCGAAUCCGAUAUGAUCGCUCUCAUUCACCACGCCAUCGACACCGGCGUCACUUUCCUCGAUACCUCCGACAUCUAUGGACCUCAUACCAAUGAAAUUCUUCUGGGCAAGGCGCUUAAAGGAGAGAUGAGAAAGACAGUGGAAUUAGCCACCAAAUUUGCUGUCAGCUUUAAGGAUGGGAAGGGGGAGAUUCGAGGAGAUCCAGCCUAUGUGAGGGCUGCUUGUGAGGCUAGCUUGAAGCGCCUUGAUGUUGAUUGUAUUGAUCUUUAUUACCAACAUCGUGUUGAUACCUCCAUUCCCAUUGAAGUCACGAUGGGGGAACUCAAGAAACUAGUUGAAGGGGGUAAAAUAAAGUAUAUAGGUCUAUCUGAGGCCUCUGCUUCAACAAUCAGACGAGCUCAUGCUGUUCACCCCAUAACAGCUGUGCAGUUGGAGUGGUCUUUGUGGUCUAGAGAUGUGGAAGAAGAGAUUGUUCCUACUUGCAGAGAACUUGGCAUUGGUAUUGUUGCAUACAGUCCUUUGGGACAAGGAUUCUUAUCGUCAGGGCCUAAGUUGCUUGAAACUCUUUUAGAGGGUGACCCUCGUAAGUAUCUGCCAAGGUUCCAACCUGAAAAUGUGGAGCACAAUAAACACCUUUUUGAGCGGAUUAGUGAAAUUGCUGCAAGGAAACAAUGUACUCCAUCACAGCUAGCACUAGCCUGGGUCCAUCACCAAGGGGAUGAUGUAUGUCCCAUUCCUGGAACCACCAAGGUAGAAAACUUCAACAAGAAUGUUGCAGCUCUAUCUGUGAAUCUUACACCAGAAGACAUGGCUGAGCUUGAAGCCAUUGCAUCAGCAAGUGCUGUAAAAGGUGAUAGAUAUGGGCCCAACGUACCUACAUACAAAGAUUCUGACACUCCACCACUGUCUUCAUGGAAAGCUGUGUAGCAUGCUUUGCCGCACUUUUCUGUUAUUCCUUGCUAUCUUUCUUUUGUAUUUUCAUCGCCGUCUUUGAAUUUGGAAAGUCAAUAUCUCUUGUAAUAAGGCGUAAUUCGAUAUGGAGGACAGACUUUGCUUGUAAGAUCCUCUAGCAAAACAUUAUCCUACAUUCCUAUUUUGAAUUCCUAUUUUGAAUUUAUAUUUGAACUUCUUAAA